ACCUCAAUGUUUAAUAAUAGUAAAGAUGUUGUGCUGCUUUUCAAACAUAAUAUUUAUAAGCUCAUUAUUAACUUUGUGUAGUCGUAGCCUAAAAACUUGACAUUUCAAAAUAACUUUAUACUCUGUACCCGUAUGUCAGAGACAACAUAGAAUUAAUGAUACAAAAAUAUCUAUAGCCGAUACAAUAGUGUCAUAUUUUAUGUUUCGACUGGUGGUCGUGUGUUAGUGCGUUAUUGGUUUGUGAUUCUAUAUUAAUAUAUUCUGAUAAUUUAAUAAUAAUGUAUUAAGUCAAUCACUAAUAUUUUAUAUAAAUCCAUUAUAUUGACCUGAUUGUAUUUUAUUAUCGUGGUUAAAAAAGUUUAUGUGUUUGAUCGACCGUCCUUUGUAGAAAAUCUAAACCCGGGUUGAUUUCUGAAAAAAGGCAGUGAGUGGAUUUGUUCAUUUAGUAUUGAAGUUAAUCAAAAAUACUCAUAGAUUAAAGUUAAUACGGCGCAUAAAUGGCGAUACUUUAAUUGGAAUUGAAUACGAAUCAAUCUUGAAGUUCUUUGAGUACAUCGAUGGAUAUUUAAUAGUUGCUUUGCCGGGCCACCGCCUCAAGAUGAUGGUGGAAACCAUCCUCGAGUCCUCUCAGGACUUUGGUAUGUCGAACGGGGCUCUACCACAAUGGAAGCGCGAGCUUCUACAGAGACGGGCGGCUCGGGCGCGACCACCCAUGGCACCUUCGGCCCCCGUCCCUCCUCCUCCGCCGGCGCCGCCCGCCGACGAGGACGAGGAGUUGCGCUACGGGCCCGGCAUCGUCAAAAGACUUAAAUCGCGCUACCUGAGCCUCGCUCUUCGCGAAGCCCCACGUCGCCGUCCCUCGGUGCUGCGCCGCGCCGCCUCGCUCGAGCACCUGCUGGACGAGCGGCCGCCGCCCGCGCCCCGGCCGCGCCCCGCCCGCCCCGUGUCUCUGGCUGCGCCCUCGUAUGCUGCGCUCUCUGCUCCGCCGCCGCGCCGCGACUCCGUAAAGCGUGCUCGUUCUGUCGACGCGCUCAGCCGUCUCGACUCCCGCGAUGACACUCCACCUCAUAUUCCGCUCCAGCCUCCGCCUCAACCACCGCCGCCGCCUCCUUCGCCUCCCCCGCCUCUCCCGCGCUCGGCGCGUCCGCCUCGUCGUCCGACUCCUCUCCUGCGCGAAACGGAGCGACCUCCUGCUGAUGUAGUCCGGUCGACAUUAAGAAAAUUCGAGUCUGCUCCACCGCGGCGGACGGCGCCGGCCGCACGCGUGUCUGCCGUUCUUCGUGGCCUUGAAUCAUUGCCGCGCAGUUCCACACCGGAGCCUCGAGGCCGGUCCCCGAGUCCUGCAGCGGCCGACCUAUCUGCCAUCGAUGAACCGGAAGGGGUCGCUGUUUCGGUGCCAUGUGAAACUAAACCAGUAUCUCAAGCUGCACUUGAAGGCAUCGCUCGCGCAGGAUCAACGGUGCGUUAUUCCUUCGAGGCGCCUAAACGUGGCUCCCACCUGCCGCCGGUGGCCGCGACGAACCCUGUCAUGUUGGGUAGGGCUCGCCUGUCCGCCUCACCGCGUCGAGUCGGCGUCAUCCGCCCGAUGCCGGCACCGACGCUCGACCGAUCGAUCUCCUCACCGACUCCCGCUGUAGACGACACCGACGAAAAAGAUGACGUACAACGAAUCGCCUCACCACUGCCAUACGAGGAUGAAACUCUUACAAAAAAAGACUCGCCGCCCUCUGCUCUAGUCGAGCCCAUAAUUCGAUCGACGCCCGAGGACAGCGCUCCGAUAUCUUCCCAAACAAAUUCAAACUCGGUCGCGCUCGUUAUCCGUGAACUAACUCCGGAACCAGAACCUAAGCCACAACAGAAGCCGCCGCCACAGACAGAUGCGCCGAUAAUUCCACCGGCGAAAAUAUUGGUGAAUGGUCACGCUACGCCGUCUAAACCGGUGGAGAUUAAAGCCAAAGGAACGCUGUCUCGUAUCGGCGCCGCUGGCAUCGAGCGAGCCUGGACUGGCGCUGAUGAAAAGAAGAAUAACGUCGUUCCGAAAGAAAAGAAGGACAAUGGUGAAGUUAAGAGUGGUGUGGUACCGUGGGCCCGCGGGAACAUGGCCGGGAGCGCAGUGGCUGGCACGGCUAGUCCGGCUUCAGGGCGCAAGCCUCGGCCGCCGGCGCCGGCCACUACCUCCGUGGUGUUCAAUUUCUCCAACCGCAAGGAGGUCCCGGACUACAUCGAGAACGACGGCAUCAUCUUGCGCGCAAACCGACGGAACAGAUUUAAGGCGGGUGAAGCGGGCAUCGUGGUGCUGCGUCCCGAGGCGCUGGCCGCCGACUCGGAGUCCGAGGACGAGGACGCGCGGCCGCCCUCGCCGUGCAGCGUGCGCUUCGUCAACGACAACGUGCUCAUCAACGGACGAUCCUCCAUGGCCGCGAAACUCUGCAGGGAUAGAGCUGCUAAGUUGAAGCUUCAGUUCGACGAUUCUUUGACGCGCACCUUCGAGUACCCGUCGGAGACGUCGCUAUGCGAGGACAGUCCCUCACCCACCGCUUUCACCAACGCCAACAACAACUCGCUGACUCCCACCGACAUCAACGCCAACAACAACAACAACGGCGACGCCGUGCAGCAGAUCGCGCAGCCCGCGCACCUCGCGCCGCUCAGCGCCAACACACAUAUCGUGUCGGCGUCGCUGUCGCGCUACACGCCCAGCAAGACGAGCGCCGACGCCUUCCAGCUCGGCCUCGCGCGCCGCCCCGACGCGCACGACCCCGAGCGAGUAGCGGCCGAGCCGGAGACCGAGUCGCACGCACAGGAGGAAGCGGGCGCGGGGGCGGGCGCGGAGGCGGACGCGGACGCGGAGGCGGGCGACGCGCGCCCGUGCGCCGCGGAGAGCGCGCGCUCGUGGAGCGAGGCGCGCACGCACGCCACCGACCUGCUGUUCUAGGCGCCGCCCGCCGCCGCCCGCCGCCGCCCGGGUGUUUGUAAUGCGUGCGAACUUUGUAUUCGUUUCAAGUUAAACUAAAAGUCGAACCAAAAAUUGCUCAUACACUCUGAGUGCAAAACCAUAUGUGUAACUAAAUUGUCGUUAAAUUUUAUAUAAUUUUACAUAUAUUUGUUGUAAUAAAUGCAUUAUAUAAUAAUAUACAAAUUGUAAUCGAUUCGACAAACACAAAAAAGUUCGCAUAUCUUUUUAUGUAAUGCUAAGCUAAUGUGAAUAAACAUUCCUUAUUUGUAUAAAUAGAAAAUGCCUCGUAUAUCGGAGGACAGGUAUCGUAUCGAAUUAACACACAAGUUCCGCUGCAGUCUUCCACGCGGUGGUAGCUCCGCCCCACAUUCAAAAAGCAAUAUUUUUGUAAUAAUAUUGAAUUGAACAAUUCUUUUAAUCGUGGAAUCAACUCGGAAUCUUACAAUGAAGUAGCGAUAAAAUUGACAAUUAUAUUUAUAAUGCCAAAAUGAUGUUAGCCAAUUAUUACGGUGGUCGUAAGUUAAGUUCUGCUCAAGAAUUCAGUAUAAUGUAGGAACACCGAGUCAUAUCUAAUUAAUGUACUUAAAAUACACGAUUUAAUUAAUAACGAAGCUUGACUGACUAGCUUGUAAUUACAAAUUACAUUUCGACAUCUUUUCAAGCAUUUUAUACGUUAGUUUAAGGUGAAUAUCUUGUAAAUGUAUUUUAUACUUAUUGGAUGUAAUUGUAUUGUAUAAGAGGUCAUUCCUUUCAAUUCAUUCCUAAAUUUUUACAUGAAAUUUUUGCCAGUUUUACAUGUUUAUAAUAAUAUUAAUAAUGUUAUGUAAUACAAAUAUGCAGUGAUACGUAAGAAUGUAUUUAGCGGUGAAUCCGCAGCCAGUGUGUAAUCGGACUCGAGGCAUUCGCCGCUGAGCCGUCCGCGAGAGAUAUUUUAUCAUCUCGACUGUCGCGUCGACCCGUAGUCGUAGCAGUUAGCAGCGAAUGCGGUCAGUCAGCGCCGAGCCGCAAAUACAUAUAUUUAGUAACGAGGUACAAAUGUGGUGACGUACUUUUGUCCACGACGCCUAUUUAAUCGCAUACAUCGCUACAGUUUCUACAUUUGUAUCGUUAGUGGAGUAUUGUUCGUAAAGCCGGCGACGGCGUUGUGUUUAGCGUAGCUUACCGUUAGUUACUAGAGUAGCUGAUUCGUUCAGACACGCUUCAAGAGUGUCAUAUUAUUCGUUCGUAUGUUCCGCUGCGUCGUACACGCAGCGUCGUCGUGUUAAAUGUUAACGUUUGGCUGAUCGAGACCAUGGUGCAAUUAUUGUUACGAAGUUUUCUAACGAUUCAUAUUUAGUUUAUUCGGUAUUUGACGCUGUGUGUACGAGAGCAUCGCAGGCCGCCCGGCCGACACUUGCCAAUGCCUAGUUGUAUUUUAUGCAUAUUAUGACAUUUAAAUUAGGUCUCUAUAGAGGUGUUUAUGAUGUAACGCAACUUGUUUAGACUCGUAUCGCAGUAGUAGGGCAGUUAACUGGGGACGCGUGAUAAUAUUAAAUACUCAAGCGACUGUCGCAGACUCGCCCCCGAGGAAACCAAUGACAACUGACAAUGUUUUAAGCAUUAUUUUGUACUUUAGCAAUGUGUAAAUUGCUGUCCGCGUCGUUCGGGUACAAAGGCUAUGGACUCUCGCCGUCGCAGAAAUGUAUUCUAGUGAAGCGACGGCGAACAGUUCGCGCGGAGCUUAGUCAUUGCGCUGCGUGCUAAUUAUUGAUUAUUAUCUUUAUGUACUAAUGCUGAAACGGCAAUAAAAAUGUACACAAAUUUAA